CGAUCGCAUGUGACAGGUGAAAUCGAUUCGUGGUCAUUUCAGGCGGAGUAACAGCCAUGUCCUUUCCCAACCGUUCGCAAUCGGUAAAGCACCAAGUCUAUUUUGACCACAGAGUGAAAUUAACAGGUAGCGGCAGAGAAAAAAAAAAAAAAAAACCAAUAAAAUUUUCAUUUACAAAUGCUGGAAACGCCCAGCCCACUACCCAUUUUUUUUCUCAAUUAUUUUCGUCCCCACCUUCUGUUCGCUGUCGUUUCACUUCCCCUCUUCUUUCUUUCUUCUCAACCUCGCUUUUGUAAAAGUGCAGGGUUUCGCCACAUGAGUGUAUUGAGCUCCAAUUCUACCUUUUGGAGAUUCUGCGAUGGCGAUGUUUGCAAUAUAGAUUGGCGACUUACCUUGAUCAAUGGUCGAGAGACACACGCAUUAACCAUCGUCAACAUCGUCAACGUCGCUUGGUCGUCCCUGUUGCUUAUUGGCGGCGUUGGAUUACUUGUAUAUCGCAUUGGAUUCAAAGGUCAUCGAUUAUGGGAACAACAAGACAACGGACAUGUUCGACCCAAACCCAUCGAAGCUAUGCUGGCGUUUUUGAUGAUGUUCACCGUCCUCCGAAUAGUCGACUCACUUGUCUUACUCACCGAUGCUGGUAGUGACAACAUUAUAUUCAGAUCAUUCAUGUACGAGAUCCCUUGGCAAUUCGGAUUUGCUGGUUUCUCGGUCUACCUCAUCGGUAUUGCCACCACACUGGCACAAAGUCAUCAAGCCAUCUCAACCGGAUGGUUACCCUCUGCACGCCAAGUCGACAUUCUCGCUAUAUUUCUUAUAUGUUCACCUUUUGUGACCAACAACAUCUGCUCCAUAGGAGCCGGUAUCUACGCACAAAACCAUAAUUUUUAUGCAGCCGACGCUUUCACCAGAGCUCUCUAUGCGUUUUGGUCCCUUUACUGCUUUGUGCUUACUAUCGCCGUCCUUUACUCGGGAACAAGACUGGUCAACAUUAUGGGACGACAUAUCCGAAAAUUCUCUACCUCCAAUAACAGUGGUAAUACACGAUUAGCCGCCAUCAAAAAUGGUCGAUCAAAGAUUGUUAUUAUUAUGCUGGCUAUUGCCGCUUGUGUAAUGUGCUUUGCACUGCUGUUGUUGAUGUAUGGCAUCUUCCGCAAUGCCAUCAUGACCCACUUGGGUGCUAGCAUAUUAAUUGGAACCAUAUGGAAUUUCUUGGGUCCAUCGGCCAUCACAUUUGUCGAAAUCGCCAUUGCUACAAAUCCCCGUCUUCCAACGUUCGGCUUGAAGAACUCUUCGUACAACCGAUCUCGCAGUGAUAAUAAAUCGCCACCGGGCCCAGCGUUUGCCCCUGACUGGGGAAGUGGUAUCAGCACCAACACAUAUGACCAGCAAACAUUCAACGGCGCGUACAGCACUAGCGAACACCCCUCGCAAAAGUCCGAGGACUACAAUAUCAAGCGAUACCCGUCACCUACCUCGGGUGUGGCCUUGAACAUCAUUCAGUACCAUAAGGACAAUUUUGUUCGAAGCGAAGAACAUAUGAUUGGAAAUAUACCACGGCGAGCUGAUAGUCAGAGUUCGCAUAUAGAGCUCAUUGACUAACCGCCACCGCAUAAAUCUACUAUUGCAUGUAAUUUUCUUUCUUCCUAUCAUACUACUCUUCCCUGCAUGUCAUCUCCCUCCCCCUUUUACCAGAUCAUAUAAUCAAAAAGAAAUCAUCGUUUUAUAAUGCCCGGUGAAAAAUAUCCUCCAUUUAUUUUGCGAUUCAACAUUGAGAAUAAAAAGAUAAAGAAGAGAGAGAGAAAAAAAAGUUCAUAGAGUAACCCUCUGGGUGCACAGACAAGUCGUACCUGAAUCUUACAAAUGUAACAGAACCAUGUCGCCAAAAUAGUCAACGAAUAGAAUAUGUGCAAUUAAACAAAGAGAGAAACGAAGGGGAAAGAAUGAAUUGAAAAACGGCACUCAAGGGG